AUGGCUACCCGGCCCCAGACGCUGCGGGAUCGUCAGAUAGCAUCUAUUGAACGAAUUUUAAGCCUGAACCACGAUGAGUCCUCGACUACAAACGGCGACGCCACAGCGGCCUCUGCAACGCCGUCUCUUCUCAAUGAGAACGGGGAGCCCAUAUGGAAAGUCCUCGUGUUCGACAACCUUGGACGAGAUAUCAUCAGCAGCGUUCUACGCGUCAACGACCUUCGCAGUAGAGGCGUCACGAUACACUUGUCCAUACACUCUCCGCGAUACCCCAUCCCGGAUGUACCGGUCCUCUACCUUGUCGAACCUACACAAGAAAACAUCCAGCUCAUAUGCUCCGAUCUCGCGCGGGGCCUGUACAGCCCGGCCUAUGUCAACUUCAUAUCCUCGAUACCGCGCCCACUUCUUGAAGACUUUGCCGCGCAGAUGGCCUCGACCGAUACGGCGGAAGCUGUCGCACAAGUGUACGACCAAUACCUGAAUUUUAUCGUGGCUGAGCCGGACUUGUUCAGCCUUGGAAUGGGGAAAGAGUCCUACUGGACAUUCAACAGUGCAACGGUUCAAGAGGAGGCUCAAGAUGCGGCCAUUGAUCGGAUAGUAAGCGGGCUGUUUAGCGUCAGCGUCACAAUGGGCUCAGUCCCGAUUAUACGAUGUCCGCCGACAGAGCUGGCGAAGAUGAUAGCGACCAAGCUCGACCGAAAACUACGAGAUCACGUCCUCAACUCGAAAGACAACCUAUUUUCUUCAAAGGCCUCAGGGGCCAACUUAUACUCCGCACCUUCAAGACCCGUGCUCAUAAUUCUUGAUCGGAACAUCGACCUUGUUCCGAUGCUCUCCCACUCUUGGACGUACCAGUCCCUCGUCCACGACGUCUUAAAGAUGCACCUCAACCGCAUCACUGUCGACGUCGCAGACGAAACGAACCCGCAAGCAAAACCACGAGCAUAUGACCUCAACGCGAGCGAUUUCUUCUGGGCGCGCAACGCCAGUGCACCCUUCCCUCAAGUUGCCGAGGAUAUUGACAAGGAACUCACAAAGUACAAGGCGGACGCCGAAGAAGUGACGAAAAAGACGGGAGUCAACAGCAUCGAAGAUCUAAAUGACAGCGGCUCCGCCUCUGCCGCACACCUCAAGGCAGCAAUAACACUGCUGCCCGAACUGCGGGAGAGGAAAGCCACUCUAGACAUGCACAUGAACAUAGCGACUGCGCUGCUCAAAGGAAUCAAAGAUCGCCAACUCGACAAUUUCUUCCAGCUAGAAGAGAACAUCACGAAACAGACGGCCGAUCAAAUGCUCGCGCUGAUCAAGUCCGAUGACAAGGGCAACAACGCGCUCGACAAGCUUCGGAUCUUCAUCAUCUGGUAUCUGAGCGUGGAUCGCGAACCGUCGAAAGCCGAACUCCAAGAAUUCGAAUCCGCCUUGACCGGGGCCGGUGCAGGCGCCGCCGUCGCCGCAAUAAAACACAUUUCCAACGUCCGCCUGGAAACAAAAGGAAGCAUGCUCUCCUCAGCCGCGCCCACAAACACCUCACAACCACAAUCCGCCGUCCCGCUCUUUGGCGGCCUCGGCGCCCUUUCCAAAAACUUCACCGAUAAACUCUCAUCCACCGCUCUAGGCACCACCUUUGGCAAUGUGAACCUCGAAUCCCUCGUCUCCGGUGUCAAGAACUUUCUACCUGCGAACCGUGAUCUGACGGUCACAAAGAUUGUCGAGUCGAUAAUGGACCCGCCCGCAGCGAGUUCCAGCGCGAUCGCCAAGACCGAGGGAUAUUUAUACUUUGACCCUCGCUCGGCGCACGCGCGUGGCAUUGCCGGGUCUGCCACGUCAAGACCAGGCACAGGCAGUGGACCAGGUGGCGGAAGCCAAGCGGGCGUGAACCCCAGUUUCGGCCAGCGACGGCAGGGCUAUUCCGAAGCCAUCGUGUUCACGGUCGGGGGAGGCAGUAUGGACGAAUACGGCAACUUGCAGGAAUGGGUCACGAGGACAAGCGGGUUGGGUGCCGACGGGAGAGGUGGCGCCGGGUUAGGCAAUGCUCAAGCCCGUGCCAGACGGGUCGUCUAUGGGAGUACUGAGCUGGUGAACGGGGAGGACUUUUUGAGUGAAUUGGUGAGGUUGGGCCAGGAGUCAUGA